AUAUUUUUCUGAGGGUGCAUGGCGUACCAGCGACAGGCGAGGAUUACUGAUAACCUGAUUUCUUACAUCCGUGGAUUUACAUUUUGGUAAUGAGGCAGAGAUCCUGAAAUGAGCGUGUGAAAUGCGAUCACUUCCGGAACUGUGGACAGCACUUUCUGGUCCAUUGAUGAUCACGGGCAGAACGGCGCUCAGGAGUAGCUGCUUCUGCAUUCAUAAACAUUUCUUUAGGACUCACUACAACCCCUGAGCUUUGCAUCUCUCAAAAAACACUGUCUCUUCGUCUUGUAAGUGGGGCGUGCAAUGGAGGAAAAGUGCAAAAUGAAAGGAGAACACUUUGAUGGAGUUGUCAGACUCAGAGAAGAGCACGAAAAGGUGGUGAAAGACUGUGAACGCCGCAUUGACCACUGGAAAAAAUUAUCUGGGGACUAUGAGGCUCUGAAUGAUCGCCUUAAAACCCUCCCAGACCAACUGUCUUAUGACAUCAUGGUGCCAUUCGGACCCUUGGCUUUUAUGCCGGGGAAACUGGUCCACACCAAUGAAGUCACGGUGCUGCUCGGCGAUAACUGGUUUGCCAAAUGCUCAGCAAAACAAGCCCAGGGGAUCGUCGACCACCGGAUGAAACAUGUGAAGCUUGAACUUGAUGAACUGACAAAGACAAUGAAGAACUUUGAAGCCAGAGUCGGGUUUGCAAAGGAUAUGCAAACAAUGUCGCUGAACAAAGGAGAGUAUGUCGACAUCAGAGAAGAUGUUGAGAAUAAUGAAGCUGUUAACAAAGGAAAACCCAGGAUAGCUCAUAAGCCUAAAUCCAAGCCGAAGCUGGGCCCUGUUAUAGAUCUGAAAGAGGAGGAUGAGGAGGAGGAAGGAGACGUGCGUAAGGGCGUCCUGUCUGAGGAGGAACUCUGGGCUCGGCUCGAUGAGCUGGAGAGACUGGAGGAGCUUCAGGAUGAACAGGACAGAUUGUCAGACACUGCUGAUAUGAAUGGUGAAGACACUUCCUCGUCUUCCUCAGAGGAAGAGAAGGACGGAGAUCACGCAGCUCCUGUGAAUGGACUGAGUCUGAAGCCCAGCUGGACAACAGGGCCUCCCAGUGACGCUCCGCCAAGCAAAGAGACAAAGGACCAUGAUGAUGAUGAUGAGGAGGAGGAAGUCCACAGUCUGCCAACUAUCUCUUUCUCACACACAGUGGAACCCAAGAAGGUCAGGAUAAAUACAGGAAAAAACACCACACUGAAAUACAGCGAAAGAAAAGAACAAAAGGAGCAUUCAAAAAAGAAGAAAAAGAACGGGCACUCCAAUGGACACUCCCACCCAGAGCAUUAUAAAAUCACCUCACCAGCCGACAUCUACAGGUUGUUUGUGGACGUGAAGAACGGAGAGCCCAUCCCCAGAAAGUCCAUCCUGAAGUCGCGCAGUCGAGAGAACAGCGUGUGCAGCGACACGAGCGAGAGCAGCGCCGCAGACUUCGAGGAGCGGCGGAUGGUCAUACGCAGCUGUAGUCAUGACGACACCACCACGCACAGCGACACCAGCGACGGCAUCACCGAGGAGGACAGCCCCAUCACAGCGCCCAUGUACAUGCACCCAACCAGCCGAUUCGAGGCAUUUUCGGGCACCGUCAUAGAAAAGGACCCCAUGCCUACGACUGUCCCCCAUCUGACCAUCGCUCCGCCCGGCCUGCCCACCAUUCUGGAGAGGAAACAGGAGGAGGUGGGGCCCGAAGCCUCCUCCACAGACAAUACUCUGCUACCACCUCCGCAGGCGCCCGUCAAAAAGGUCUCCAAGUUCAAAGCUGCCAGGCUACAACAAAAGUGAACAAAAAAAUAUUCCGUAAAUCUUUAUACCUGUUUUCUACUACUACUUGUACUGCUCCGACCACCCAUUCUCCUGUCAAUUUCUAUUUACACUGCCUUUCUUAGAUUAAAGCAUUUGCAGUUUUGUCUAGCUUGUGUUUGGAAUAGUAUAGCAAUGCAUAAAAUGUGCUUAACUACUCCUACAAUAGCAUUUAAAGAACCUGUAUUACGCCUUUUUCUGAUCUGUUAUAAUGUUGUUUCCUCUACUGAACGUAAAGGUAAAUGGUAGCUGGUAACGUGAAACUACUUCAUGACAUCACAAGGUGGAACAGAGCAUUUUCAGGUUUAAGAUGUAGACAGACUAAUAAUAAUCAACCUGGUUACUGUAUUUUUUGGAUUGAAAGUCACUCCGGAGUAUAAGUCUCACCAGCCAAAAAAUGCAUAAUGAAGAAGAAGAAAACAUAUAAGUCGCACUUUUUGGGGGAAGUUUAUUUUGUAAAAUUAGAGACCAGGAACCGACAUUUCAUCUUGAAAGUCAAGUUCUAUUAAUAACAAUAAAACAGAGAACAACAGACUGUUAACGUCACAUAUGAACAGUUCUUCAGAUAACUAUAGCAUAAACAACAGAACAGAACAAGUUUACCAAACUCUCCAUCUCACUCCAAAUCACUAAAUCCAUUAAAUUCUUCAUCCUCGGUGUCACUUCUGAGCAACUCCGCGACCUCCGGAGGUAAACAGAGCGCCGCUUCCUCUUCUGUGUAGCUGUCAUCAGACUCAGCAUCAGUUCCAGUCAGAAUCUUUCCGACCUUUCUGAAUCCCGACAGGAUGGUUUCGGUUGUCUUUAUGUUUAAACUUAAAAUUUUCAGUGGUACAGAAGUAAUGGUGCGAAUCGACUGACACGAUACAAACAGAACAGCGGCUCAGACAGGACACAAGCCUAAAGAGUCCUCACGUGGCUGUCGGUGGGAAAAUUUUAACAUAUAACCGGAGUAUAAGUCGCAGGAAACACCCAAACCAUGAAAAAAGUGCGACUUAUAGUCCAAAAAAUACGGUAAUUCAAAAAUGCAAAAUGGAUUCUAAUUUUCAACUCUAAAUAACAGUACAGUAUUGUCAUCACAUUAACAUUGGAGUCUUAUACUAGUUCAGACAGAUGUUUAAGAUGAUUCUAAAACUGUUCAGAAAAGGUAAAGUUUUUAUUGAUUAAUUGUUGUUGUUGUUGUUAUUGUUAUCCUGUUCAAAUUAGUAUCUCGUUUUGAUACAAGACAAUACUGAGUAAGAGUUGUUUUUCUCAGCACUAAAACAUGUGUGAAUGAAAUAAAACACAACUCCGGGUCUGUUUUCGAGGAGGUAACAACAUUAUAACCUGAUUUAAAGCUCACGAGAGUCAGUUUUGCGUAAUAUCGGACCUUUUUAAAAUGUGUCCGUUUAAUAAUAUAAAUUUCUAGUGACCAUAUCGGCGUUCGUCUGUUAUAUCAACACUAUAAACUAGAGCUUCUGAAUCUUCUGUCACUUAGGACAAGAUGCCUUUCUCUUCCUCUUUCCUGAGCCGAAUUCUCUGCUUUAACGGUGCACUGCGCAACUUUUCUAACUCCUUGUCUCCGUGGCGAUGCUACCCCUGUGCUUGAAACGUUCCAUAGUAUGACUUUAAUUGUAUAAAUCUAGCAUUUAUUCAUUACAGAAGUUUCUAUUGCUCAAAAAUACAGUUCAAUACUUUAAUUCCUUCUGUGAAUACUGACUCGGGAUGGGUUUAGUCUUUACUGUGGAACAUUCUAGACCAAGGAGUAGCGUUACCAUGGAGACAGGCCACUAGAAAUGUUCCGCAGUGCUGCUUUUUAACUUGUAUUCUCCCGAUCUACUGUACCUAAUGAAUGUAUGUACUCCUUUGUGACAAGCUUUAUGUAGAAGCUGAAAAAGACAUUGCAAAUAAAUGAUUUUGACACAA